UCGCCCCAUUUUACAGAUGUGGAAAGUGAGGCUCAGUGUGGGCCUCGGGGUCGGGAGGACCUGGAACACUUCCACGUUCUGGGGGGUUAUUGUUGAGAUUCUGAUUCUCUUCAAGAUGAGGCGGUGCCAAAACAGAGUUACAAUGGCUGUGGUUAAUAUUUGACAUUUUUCUAUGGGAAAAAAAUGUGAUUUUUGUAACCCGCGUGGAAAACACAAUGCAGCAGUUCUCUGCCUACUCGAACAAUUACGGACUGCAGGAGGGCACCAGAAUUUUUGCUGUAGUUUCACAUACAAUUGACAGUGUUACAUCAGCUGUGGCCCGAACCACGGUGCUGGGCCGCGUGCUCUCUGUGGAUUGGUUUCUGAUACCACCGUUGUUCUGUGUCUGAGUCCAAGCUUCGAAAAGCCUCUGAUGACCUCUCUGGGUGUCUGCAGCUGAUGGGUCCCCAAACGGGGCCCACGUUUUAGGUCCUGGGAAAUCCAAAGUCAUUUUCAGUCCCAUCUGUGGGUUUGAAAUGCUCUCAGUUGGCAAAGGUGUCCAAAGUCUCCAUCGAAGGCCUUCCGCGACGGUGGCCUUGGUUCUUCUCGGGCAUCGGGGGGGCAGAGGCACUUUGUCGCUUGAUGCCGUAGUCCCCUGGCUCCCCCAGCUUAUUAUGAGCAAGACCACUGGGUGAUGUUUGAGCACUGAAAACCGACCACCAAAAGACCCACAUCGACAAAAACACCACAACUGGCCUCUAAAAAACUACCAGGAACUUCUCUGACAAUGUUGAAACAUCGUAAGGCUGCUGUAUCCUGGCUCAGGCACAUUGAUCUGAAAACCUGGACGUGGGCCUGGGCCACCUCAAACCCCUUUGAACCUGAUCCCUCAGCAGCCUUGGCUGCUGCUGCCCUGUGAAAAGGGGCAGGGGGCCUGUUCCAGGUCACAGAGGAAUUGGGUCUUGAGCCUCCUCGGCCAUGACCUUGCCCCUCUCCAUUCAGGACCCUGGUCCUUGUAGGGCUGUGGCCCACCCCUCCUUCUUAUAGCCAGGAAUAGUGACCUUCCUCUUACAGCCAGGAAGGGUGACCCCCGACUCCCCACCUGGGUCUGGCUUUAUCCCAGACCUGGGCACUGCAAGGCUGGGAGUGAGCAGAACAGAGGCUGGGCAGUGGUGCCCGCGAGAGUACUGCCCUGUCCCUCUUGGCCCGGCCACUCCGCUCCACAGGGUGUGCCUAGGGCUACGGGGCACCGGCACAGUGAGAGUUACAGCCGGGGCCCCUCCCAGUCUCCUGAGCCACCAUCCCUUAGCAACAGUCCUGCUGGGCAGGACGCGUUGCCAGCGCUGGGCAAAGUGGGCAGGAGCCAGAGGAGUGGCUGUCUGGCUUCCAGAACAGACGCGGGGCAGGUGAGCAGGUAGUGGGCCAGGGCAGGCUUGCGGCACCUGACCACAGCCUGGCCGGCAGAGUGGGAGCCCUUCCUCCAGCUCUCUCCAAUCCAGCUACCCAGACAGCCCUGACCCAGCAUGGAUGCUGUGGACGCCACUGUGGAGAAGCUCCGGGCACAGUGUCUGUCCCGAGGGGCCUUGGGCAUCCAGGGCCUGGCUAGGUUUUUCCGCCGCCUGGAUCGGGACAAGAGCCGAUCCCUGGACUCGGGGGAACUCCAGCGGGGCCUGGCUGAGCUGGGGCUGGUGCUGGACGCAGCUGAGGCGGAGGGUGUGUGCAGGCGCUGGGACCGUGACGGCAGUGGGACGCUGGACCUGGAGGAGUUCCUGAGGGCACUGCGGCCCCCCAUGUCCCAGGCCCGGGAGGCGGUCAUCGCAGCCGCGUUUGCCAAGCUGGACCGCAGUGGGGACGGCGUGGUGACCGUGGACGACCUCCGGGGGGUCUACAGUGGCCGCGCCCACCCCAAGGUGCGAAAUGGGGAGUGGACCGAGGAGGAGGUCCUCCGCCGCUUCCUGGACAACUUCGACUCCUCUGAGAAGGAUGGGCAGGUCACUCUGGCUGAAUUCCAGGACUACUACAGCGGCGUGAGCGCCUCCGUGGACACAGAUGAGGAGUUUGUGGCCAUGAUGACCAGCGCCUGGCAGCUGUGAGCAGUACACGCUUACCCAGCCAGCACCAUCGUAGUGUAGGACCCCCACCCUGGCCCCCGAGCCCUGGCCCCUCUCACCUGGGCUUCUAGCUGCACAGCGCCCAGGGUGGGGGGGCUACAGAGGAACGUGGAAGAUUGAGGCUGUGGGACCGGCCGGACCGGGUCUCAGAGGACCCAGCUUGGCCAUCAGGUGGAAGGAGGACAAAGGUUCCAAGGAUGGGUCACUGGCUCAGAAUCCCUGUCCCUGCUGUGCUGACCUCAGGCCUCACAAAGCCACUGCAGAUGCCCCCCACCCUGCUUCCUCCCGUCUCUGCUCAGUGAAUCCUCCGCCCUGCCAGCAACGCCCUGCCCCUACGCGUGCCCCCACACCCCGCCCCCACCCAGGGAAGCCAGACGGCCGGGGACAAAGCAAAGCUCAGCACGGAGGCGGCCAGUCUUGGAAGGGAGCCAAGUGUGGUGACCUGCCCGGACGUGCAGUGGGGCGCAGGGGCCAGGCUGGCCCGGGAGCCGGAGGCUGUUCUUGGCCAGGCUGUCUGGCUUCCUGAGGCCCCUGGGGCAUGCAGGAGGUCAGGGUUUUAGUUAAAAGUUUUAAUGUAGUUCCCAAAUACAUUUCAUAUGACAAUCUUACAUAAAUGUUCCAAAACACA